GCUUCCGGGUUUCCCAACGCGGGAUAUGAAAACGACUUCAAAGGUCAUGCGGUUUUCGCUGCAUGACAGUCGUUUGUAAAUAAACACCUGUUACUUAACACAAUCCAGGUUAUACUGUCCUCAAUACCGCAACUGAGACAUAUUGUGAACUGAGUUGACAAAGGCAGAUGUGUUUGCAGGAGGAUGGGGCUUAUCAUAUCGUUCUGUCAAUUGUUCUUUGAAAAAUUGUUCCAGAAAAGCGGAUCAAGGAACAAAUUUGAAAUUGAAGAUGGCAUCACCUUGUUUGACAAUGAACACAGCCCUUGUGCAAGGAGAGUCCGUAUUGCUCUCCAUGAAAAGAAGAUUCCAUAUAAGACGGUUGAGGUGAAUCUGCUCACGGGAGAGAAUCAUCACCCAGACUUCGUGAAGAUCAGUCCCAACAGAAAAAUACCAGCCAUUGCAUUCAAGAACGUACAGGACGUCCCUGAUUGUGUGAUGUUCGAGUCCAGUGUGAUCAUCGAGUACUUGGACACUGUGUGCCCAGGCAGCAGGCUGUACCCAGUUGACCCCUGGGAAAGGGCACAGGUCAAGAUGUGGAUGGAUUGGGAGCUUGGUCUUGUUGAUGACCAUGUACCUCUGGUGUAUCAGAAUACCCUCCCAUUCAUCCUGAGACUCAAACACCCAUCAAAGGAGGCAUACCUCAAGACUGUCCAUCCUAACAUGCCCAAGGCAAAAAGGGACAUUUUUUGUAGAGUGUAUGAUGGGACCCACCGAACCCAGGAGGAGCUGGAGAAACAUGCCCUCGCGUGCUACCAGAACCUGGUCGUCCUGGAGACGGGGCUGCAAGACAGACAGUACCUGGUUGGAGACAGAUUCACAGUGGCCGAUUUGACAGUUUUGCCCCGAGUUCGGAUGUUCUUUGUCAGUGGGCUACCAUUCACAGACAAGCACUUCCCCAAUAUUGUCCGAUAUUUAAAAAACUUGGAGGGUAGACUGUCCUUCAAGGCAAGUGAGAAAACCAUGGUACGCUUUUCAAACACCAUCAUGACCAAAGCCCCAUGGCUGCUCGUCGGACUGAGUAACUUCAAGUGUGGCACAAAACACAAGCGCUUUGAUGGAAGUCCACACAUAGACAGGGCUAUAGGAGAGACAGAGGCAAGCACCAAGUCCCUGAUCGAGGCAAGCACCAAGUCCCUGAUCCAGGCAAGCACCAAGUCCCUGGUCCAGGCCAAGCUACCCUACGUCCACAAAGAUGACAUCACCGUCUACAACUACCCCACCUCCACCGAGGUGUGGCAGGUGAAAAUACUCCUCAGUGAAAAGGGUGUGUCCUACAAGAGUGUUGACUGUCCCUUCAUCGAUCUGAUUGGCCGAGCAGCUGGGUCAGGAUCAGUGAUGAGGAUACAACAUGGCGGCCGUAUGGUGACAGGUCCCAGGACCGUCCUGGAGUAUCUGGACAAGGCUUUUAGUGGCAAAAAACUGUUGCCGGACAAUCCAGAACAGAGGUCACAAGUGCAGUGUUGGCAGGCUUGGGAACAAACCAUGUACUUCAAUGAGUUAGCUCCCCUUGUUGAAAUGUGCAUUGUCUCUAAGGUUAUGGUACUCAGGUACGAGGAGCACCUGGACGAGCUGCUGUCACUGAGAGGUAACCCCACGUACCACGCCAAGUUCAACAGCAUCCUCAGGUGUUUCAUGAUGGGAUUACGAGAGGACAGUCCCUGUUGGCCCCAGCUGACGAGAGACUAUGGACAUUUGAUGGACACUAAUAUGGACAGGAGGAAGAAGAAGGAACUAACAUUUGAGUUACUUCACAUCCGUCUCCAGCAUCUCGAGGCAUCGCUACAGGACAAGACCUACCUGGUUGGAGAGAACCUGUCUCUGGCAGACAUCUGCGUGUUCUCUCGCCUGGCCCUGUUUGCCCACGUGGGGAUGAAGAUCUCGGCAGACAGAUUUGUUUCUUCUGUCAUCAUCAUCAUCAUCAUCAUCAUCAUCAUAACCUGGUCCAAGUGAUCCAAAACAGCAUUUCCUGAUUUUACACGAUCAGCUUUUGUUUUGUGCCAAGUAUGUAAACAUCACCAGAUACCAAAGGAAAAUGUGCAUAUGAUAAACUUUAUACAUAAGUUCGCUGUGACCUAAUAUUGUCGGGGCGGUCGGGUAGCCUAGUGGUUAAAGCGUUCGCUUGUCACGCCGAAGACCCGGGUUCGAUUCCCAACAUGGGUACAAUGUGUGAAGCCCAUUUCUGGUGACCCCCGCCGUGAUAUUGCUGGAAUAUUGCUAAAAGCAACGUAAAACCAUACUCACUCACUCACCUAAUGUUGUCUUUAAUUUCUAUUGAUUUAUGAGUGUAUAUGAAAUGUAUGUCAGUGUGUUACAGAGCUCAUGCAGAAUUACCUAAACGGUUAUUGGAAAAGUAGGCUGUGACUGGAUAUUGAUAAUUACACAGGUUGCAUAAAUUGCCAAAUUACUAGAAUUGUUUACAGAUUGUGUGAGGGAAUGAGAAAUAUUUUACCUAGUAAUGAACAUCACAGCAUGGACCAGCAACGCUUGGAUCUAAGAGUCUUCAGUGUGAGGAGAUUUUAAUCUCGAAGCUGCCUUAUUGAUUAUUUUAUCAAGUCUUUACAACUUGCAUUUAGAGAUACUCAUCUAUACAACUUACGUUUAAAUUGGCACCAAAUUAUUUUACUUGGAUAUCAGGAUGAGCUUCACAUUGUAGUUUUGUUCUCGAAGUUUCAAAGAUGCAUUGAACUUAAUAUUGUCUUUUGAAUAUAAAUAUAUUUGACAUGCCCACGUGAAAUAAGACCAAACCGUGAAGUUCUGGCUUAGAGUAGGUCUUCAGCAACCCAUGUUUGCCGUAACAGGCGACUAUACUUGUCGUGAAAGGCGAGUAACGGGACCGGGUGGUUAGCCUGAGACUUGGUUGAUGCAUGUCAUCGUAUCCCUAUGGC